AUGCAGCAGCAGCAGCCAGAACAGACUGAAAACUCCAAUCGUGCAUCUCGCUUACCUGUCAAUCCGCGACGGCACAAGGUAGCUCCAGAGCAGCGGAAGCGCGUCGCAACAGCGUGCAAUAGCUGCAAUGUCCGCCGCAUCAAAUGUUCCGGUGAGAGGCCGUGCCGCCAAUGCCGUAGCUCGUCGCGAGAAUGCCAGUAUCCUACCGUCAUUGAGAAAGUCUCAGUUUCUCGUAACGAUCUAGAUGACUUGAGGAGGAAGCUUGAGAUUGCUGAACGGGCUCUGCAGCUUGCCGUACCCGACGAUGCCUCGAGACAGUUGCUGCUGCAACAGGAUGUCGACGUAAAGGAUUCUCGUGCCGGGUCGGCUCCGUCCAUCACGCCUCCAGAGCCGCAUGAUGCUUACGACGCAGCGAGUAACGAGAUCGUCACCGAGACCGCCGACGGCCGCCGACUGCAGGAUCAGGACGGAAGAGCCCGUUUUCUUGGCGAGACCUCUGGUGCAACAUUCCUCGACUACCUCAAAGAGUUUAUGUCCACCGUCUCACCGCUAGCUUUCAACAGGCCGUGGCUUUCGCCUACGCCAAACAACGGAUUAACAUUUCUAUCUUCCCUCGGAAGCUAUCAGACGUACGACUCUCGCCCCAUAGAAGUCGAAUCGACUGCGGAUCCCCUCUCUCUUCCGUCCCGGACCGAAAUGUCCGCCAUGCUCGUCAACCUCCGCUAUUUCAUCCAGGACGGCAAUGGUAGCUUCCCUUGCGGCGGCAUUUAUUGGUGGGGCGAUCUCGGCACCGUGCCCAGCGACCCAAACCCCGUGGCGUUCCCGCCCGGGACCUCCCCCCAGGUCGCUUGCGACAAUUACCGUCACCUUGCAUUUUACCACACAGCCUUUGCCGUCGCAUGCCAGGCGAAUACGACAGCGAAUUCGAUGCCUGUCCCCAGAGAUUUGAGCCAGAGCUACUUCGCCCGCGCCCGAAUGUUGCUGGGCAAUCCUCUUGAUAUCACGCGGUAUACCAUCAGUGAUGUUGCCGUCCUGGCACUGAUGGGCUUCUACCUCAUCGAGAUGAACCGCCGCGAUGCUGCCUACAUCUACGUCAGCAAUGCCAUGCAUAUUUCCAUCAUGCACGGUGCCCACCGUGGCUGGGUCGACGAACGAGGUAAACGCGUUUUCUGGACUCUGUAUAUCCUCGAUCGUUGGUUGAGCUGUCUUAUGGGCCGCCCACCCAUCAUUAUGGACGAUGCUAUUCGACUGCCACUGCCUUGCGAUGCUCCUUCGUUGCCCCCUGCAGCCGGCCUUCAAGCCCACGUCGAGCUGGCCCGCAUUUCGGGCCACAUUGUCUGCAACACGUAUAGAGUCGCUCCCUGGGAUCACCGUCCCGGAGGUGCGGCGCGGCAUAUCGACCGAGCGCUGCAACUGCUCGAGAACUGGCAGUCAUCACUACCGCCUACCCUGCAAAUCUCUCCAUCCCAACCAAGUACCGAUCCCUCAUGCUGUCUACUGCAUAUGGCAUACAACCAGCUUUUAAUCCUUGUUGUCCGUCCCAUCUUCUUUGCUGCUGUCAAAAAGACCUUUGCCGAGCGCUACAUCACCUCAGACCGCCAUUGGGAAUUCAGUCACCACGCGCGCCGCAUAAGCUCCUGCUCCAUGGCGGCCCAUCAAAACAUGUACCUAGCCCGUUGGAUGAUGAGUCUCAACGGUGGGUCUCGCAAGUUCUUGCAGGCGGGACUUCACUACGUAUUCAAUGCCGCCAUCGUUCUCAUGUUGGAAGAGCUCGUCUUCUCGCCGCCCGCGGAGUCUGACGACGUCAACUUUGCCAUUGGCAUUUUUGAAGAAGAGGCCAAGACCGAGAGCAACUACGCUCGCGACUGUGCCACCGUCCUAAAAGAUCUCAAGUCUCUGGUCCAGCGGUUACGUCUGGACGGUCAGGUCGGCUACAGCGCCCACGCUGGCGGUGUCAGCGGAGGUCCUUUGACCCCUGGUCUAACGCCGGACGACGUUACGAACGCUAGCAGCAGUAUUAGCACACCGACAACGUCGACGACAUAUUCACAACAGUCUCAGCAGCAGACCUUCCCGCCCGGCCCGAGUCAAGCGUAUCCCGUGACGGAGAGCGGCGCGUUGUAUCAAGAGCUCAUAGCGUGGGUUGAAAGCAACGACGCACAAUUGUACAGUAAUAACUAUUCCAUCUAA